AUGACAGAUGCAAAGAACACGAACCUGUCCUCAACAACACCAAUGGCAGGUUCAGCCUCGGCCUCGGCCGCGGACACAGACACAGACACAAAUGCAAACGAAACCAUGCGCCUUGCCAUCACGCGCUUCCGUAGCAGAAUGGCCGCCGCAAACCAAAAGUUUCUCCAGGACCGCAUCAAUGAAAUCGAAGAGAAAGGCCUAGCUACUGAAGAGGAGAAGCGCCGCCAUCUCCUCCAGUACAAAUGGAUGGACGAUAUCGAAUGGGACGAUGAAGACUCCGAGACGUGUGGGAGGCGCGACUGGACCCGGAUCCCACAGCAGACGUCAGUCAAAGACCUCGAUAUCCCUGCUGUACUCAAUGCCUUGCCGCCUCAUCAACCGGCGGAUGGUGUAGUCCCGCCCCUGCUGCGCACAGAACAGUGGCGGCAAAUGUACCUCGAUACAGUUCAGCGUGUGUGCCAGCGGCAGGCGGACGCGAUCGUUGCCGAGGAUGACGAGGAGCUUGACAUCGCGUGCAAUUCCCACAAAGACCACAGGCCGAUGGCUAUCCCGCGAUGCGACGAGCUAGCCCUGUUCCUAAAGUAUGCGCAGGAGGUGGUGGACGUUGACUUCCGGCUGUCGGCCAUUCCGCCGUUCACACCGGCUUGGUCGAUUGGGAUUAAGGAAGAGGAACUGGACGGACUUGGCGAAGGACAGAGACGCGACAAGCUAGCGGAUCCGGACCUCCUGAAGCGCGAGGAAGAGGGCUUGCAGCGGUAUUUGGAAGAUGAAUUGUCGAAAGGGUGUCUGGAGGCGUAUAUCGACGAGGACCUGGAGGUCAGAGCUGGCUUUAUCACCGGUAUUGGAUUUAGCCAGUUGUACGAAUGCCCAUCCUGGUAUAGUGCGUAUGUGUACUGCCGGCUGUGGACGGAUGACGAGGAGGACGAUGGCAAGCAUAAGGAUGAAGACAUCCAGGAUGCUACCAACAUCCGGGACUGGGGGUGGCGGGUAGUUGUCUUUCAGGCCGAGGUUGUCAAUCCUAGCAUUCUCCACGGCCGGAGGGCACGCUUUGAUUCGAUUCCAGAAUUUUUGGAUUGGUACGCCAGCUGGCUGGACCAUCUGGAUGCACGGGGGUUGCUUUCUCUGCGGCGCCACGCUAUAGGCUGUGAGACGGACUGCGAGUCAGACUGUGAGGAUCAUGCCACCGGGAUAUAUGCACAGAAUUUCUAG